AUGCAAGCGAGUGAGAGGAUGAAGAACCGAUGGUCCGUGUGGCUAUUGACGACAUUGGGCAUAAUCGGAGCCACGCUCUUUAUCGCCAGUUUGAUCCAAACCUCGGAGAACAAUCUUCUAUGCUCCAUAACCAAAUCGCAGUUUGGCCGAAGUCCCACAUCGUUGCAGCUGAGAGCGAUACUUCACUACGCUACCUCGCAGAUCGUUCCGCAGCAGUCUCUUUCGGAGAUCAGCGUCACGUUCGACGUGCUCCAGGCCCUUCAUCGGCCCGCUAACUUCCUCGUGUUUGGGCUUGGCCACGACUCCCUCAUGUGGGCCAGCCUCAACGCAGGCGGCACCACGAUCUUCCUCGAGGAGGAUCCUAAGUGGGUCCAGACCGUCCUCAAGGACGCGCCAAACCUCCGGGCGCACACCGUCCAAUACCGGACCCAGCUCCGCGAAGCCGACCAGCUCCUCUCGUCCUACCGCUCCGAGCCCGCCUGCUCGCCGGCCACCGCCACGCUGCGCGGCAACGACCGCUGCAAGCUGGCGCUCCACAACCUCCCGAACGAGGUGUACUCGACGGAGUGGGACCUGAUCAUGAUCGACGCGCCUAAGGGGUACUUCGCAGAGGCGCCGGGGCGCAUGGCGGCGAUCUUCUCAGCGGCGGUGAUGGCGAGGGACAGGAAGAGCUCCGGCGUGACGCACGUGUUCCUGCACGAUGUGGAUCGGAAGGUUGAGAAGGCUUACGCGGAGGAGUUUCUCUGCCGGAAGCAGUUGGUGAAAGGUGUCGGCAGACUCUGGCAUUUCGAGAUUCCUCCCAGGACGAAUCUCUCUCGUCAUGACGACCAUUUCUGUUAG